CAUGCACUAAUGAUUAGAUUCAACAUGCUGCUUCAACAACGAAGCAAUGAAAGCUUUUGUAACACUGCUGCCAGCACAGUAUUGAAGGGAAAUGUGCUAGGUGCUUGAUACAUGAAGAUGAACAAACCAAACUAUUUGGACGAUUUCCAAUAUGGCGCUGACGACGACGACGACGAAUACGAUGUGGGCGAUCUGGACAUUGAGACACUCAAAGCCCUAGAACAGCAAGAGUUACAGUACUUGUCUCAGCUGGAGAAUUCAAUCAAUUCUCCUUUGGGACCACAAAAACACCCAAGCUUUUCCGAAGUACACCCCAUCAAUCCUGCUGCUCAAGAUGUGAACGCAUUCGAAAAUCGGAACCAAAGCCCCCUAGUACCAGGCAAUCCCUUUGCUAAGGGGCCUUUUGAUGGGCCCAAAUCGGAUGCUUUAUCAAUCAGUGAACUUCAGACCACGCUGCAAAAGCUCAAAGAAGAAAAAGAAAUACUACAGAUGGAAAAGGAGACAUUGGUUCAUGAUAAGCUGAUCAGAGAGGGGGAAAUUUCUAUAGUUCGAAAGAGUUUGGCAAAGGCAGAUAUUGAUGCGAGGAACCUGAGGAGUGCAUUGGCUGAUCAGGCAGCCCGCGCUGAGCAAGAAAAGGAGGCAAUGAAAAAUCAAUACCAAAAAGACAUAGAAAGACUCAAUACCGAGAUGCUGUUUCUGCAACAAGAAAUACGAGGAAUGCAAACUCCCAAACGCGGACCAACUGUAGCCUUGUCACCCGCUCCCGUGAUUGACGAUCACAAUGUAUCAGGGACGGUGGCAAGUUCACCCUCUCAAGUAAAAGUAGAACCUGAAUUGGCCGCUCUGGACAGCCAACACGUGGAUGAGAAAACAGUCCCAGCACUUAUCGAUCAAGAUUUACCGAAGCCGACUGAACGAUAUCGUCUCCGCAUCGCGGAACCACCCGGCGCAAUGUUUUUGAGGCGCCUUCUAGUUGAAGAUAUCUUUACUGACGAUGGCACCACAGUAUGGACGCCGACUGGGUCCCUAUCGGAAAUGGCGGCAUUCUUGCCAUCUUACGUAUCCAAUCAGUGCUUUCGCGGAGAUAUGAUAGCAACAGAUGCAGACAAAUCUUGUGCAACUUUUGUCUCUACUCUCACUAAAGAUAUCAGCCGCCUCGUAGUGGACCCAUCAAUCAGUCUGAAUACGCUCCUGCCCUGCGUUGAUCAGUUUAUCGAAAUGUGCAUGCGACAAGGAUUGUUUAUACCUCUCCCAUUUCUUACACGCAUGUGGGGUUUGCUGAUUAUGUACAGCAGGGAAUGCCGCGAGCUUGUGUUGAAGAUGGACCAGGAUCAACCAAAAACUCCGAUCUUGGAACAUCUUCAACGCCUGGUUGACAUGAUUGCUUCCAAUUUUCAGCGACCUCCUCAGAAGCAAUGGGGCGACUCCAUUAUACCUGCGGCGCGACAUCUCUUUACCGCAAUGACCGCACUUGCCGGCACGACCGAGCAAGCUGAACUGCACCGACUGACGAAAGUAAUAUCCCCCGCGGCUCUCCUUUAUCUACUGGACCACCGACAGCCCCAGGAGAUAUGUUUCCAUGCUGUGGAGUUUUGUGUCAGUCUACUAGCAGAUCAAACCUUCGUCGACAGAAUCUUGGACCAGUCUCUUAAAGCAGAGGGCCGAAGAACAAUAUUGGAGCGAUUUUGUACCAUUCUCACCGAUAAACAUACCCAGACCUCUGCUGCACCUGAUCAAAAGCUGCAAUUAUCAGAUACCAAAUUUCCUCGAUGGCGCCUAAAGGUCUCAAUCAUCAGACUUUUCUGCACCCUUGCGGCAAAGUAUCCAAAGAGCCUGCCCUCCCUAUGUACACCCAUGAUAAUGAAUCGUUUGAUUGGUUACCUUCAAAAUGAAGCCCAAGUCUUAUACUCUACCGGCCAUCAAUUGCAAGAUACCCGGACACUUUUUUUCAAGGACUUACUGAAACUCCUUCAUACCCUUUUAUCCCACCCACACACGGUCGCAAUUGAUCCCAAAGCCAGUGAAGGCGCACAGCAUAUUCUCGUAGCGACAUUGGCAGACUUGUUGAUAACGGCUCAAGAUCGAAUAGAUAUGCAGGACGUUGCCGACCUUACCAAAGAAAUCAUGCAUUGUUUGAUUCUGGAUCCAGAUGCAGCCAUGGCAGAGCUUCUGCCGCCAGGUAUCGAAUAGUUUCCCGCAAUAGAUUCCAGAUAAUCGGACGCUACAAAUAGCCCGAUGCAUACAUUAUUUUUAUAUAUAUAUUUUUUGGAAUACCGCUAUUUACAAUG